CUUCAACCUCUCAUAGCCCAAAGCCUCCCGCUUUCCUUUUCCUCUUUCGCAAAUCAAUCCCCAUCUCUCUCUCUCUCUCUCUCUCUCUCAGAGAAGUACCAAUAAUGGACGGCAAUUUUCAAGCCUUACCUCCUCUCAAAAGAUUCAGGCUCUUGCAGCAGCUGCAAGAAAACAAAGAAAAUAACAUCCCCAUCUCAGUGCAACUUCCCGCUAAGAAGCGAAAGUUGCAGGAGCUGCAAGGAAACAAAGAAAAUAACGCCCCCAUCUCAUUGCAACUUCCCGCUAAGAAGCGAAAGGAGUCCCGACAUUCCCUUCUUCCUGAACCCACUGAGGUUGCUUCCGCUGCUACUUAUUGCUUGCCAGCCAAGAAGCGGGUCUGGGCACUCCAACCGGAUUUGGUUUCAGGUAAGCCUCUUUCGACUUUCGAUCUCAAUGUCGAGUAUACAUCCUAUUUUGAUAAGAAAAUCAAGGCAAAUGAGGAUGGCGAGGAAACCCCACUUCCCAUUACUACUAAUCAGCCUGUUGAACCUCACCCGCAAGAAAAAGAACAUGAGGAAGUCUCACUUCUCAAUGAUAACUCUCAAUCGCAGUUCAUUAAAACUACAGCUCAAGAAGAAAAAGAAGAAAAUAAAGUAGAAGAAGAAGAUGAUGAUGAUGAUGGAAUUGUGUGUGCUAUUUGUCAAAGCACAGAUGGGGACCCAACGGAUCCCAUUGUGUUCUGUGAUGGGUGUGAUCUAAUGGUGCACAGCACUUGCUACGGCAAUCCUUUGAUAAAAGGUGUACCUGAAGGUGAAUGGUUUUGUACCCAGUGUUUGGAUUCUCAAUCUAACAAACAAAAUAAGGCCUUCUCUUGUUGCCUAUGUCCAACAACGGGUGGUGCUAUGAAACCCACCAAAGAUGGCUUCUGGGCUCAUGUUGUGUGUGCAGUUUUAGUUCCUGAAGUGUUCUUUGAGGACCCAGAUGGCCGUGAGGGAAUUAAUUACUCUAAGGUUCCUAAGAGGCGUUGGGAAGGCAAGUGUUAUGUGUGUAAGAGCAGAAAAGGAUGUGUUAUUCAAUGCUCUGAGCCUAAGUGUCCCUUGGCAUUUCAUGUUACUUGUGGGUUGAAAGAGGAUCUUUGCAUUGAGUAUAAAGAAGGAAAAAGGAAGGUGGAAACAAUUGUUGCUGGUUUCUGCAAAAGCCAUACUGAAUUGUGGAAGAAGCAACAACGAACAGGAAAGUUCAAGAUUGUGGCCAGAGAAGGGCACAAGUAGGCUAAUAUUUCUUUUGCUAUGGUAUGGAAAGAAAUACUGAAUGGGUUUAGAAAUGGGUUAGUCCUUCCCACUUGGAAAUUACAGAUUUUCUUAAACGCUAGAUUAGUUAUUUUCUUCAGAUUUUAGUGUGGUAGUUUUUAUGCUUCGUAUUAGCAUAAGAAAUUUUAAUUUAUUGUAGGAUUGUGUCAAUGCGUGUAUUGCUCAAGUUAAUCUCAUAUGCAUUAUCAACAAUCUGUGAUUAGCCUUCUAUCUCUGCAUUUCACUUUGUCAAAUUAAUUGGAAUAAAACUCUAACGGCUGAUUCUAUA